CAAAGGAGGAGCUUGUUGAGGAGAAGGGUGAUCCACAGAGAGGGAGAGAGGGGGGAUCUGCGUGGUUCGGUUUCUCAGUCUCUCUUCUCCUCACCAGGCUCCUCCGUUGUACCAGCGCGCAGGGAGGACGGCAGCAUGGAGCGGAUGGAGUCGAUGGAGCCGAUCUCGGCGUACUACACCACAGCUUACCCGGAGAUCCAGCCCGAUAGCGGCUACGGAUCCAGAGAGACCACCGACGGCCAGGCAAAGACUCCACCAGCUCGAACGUAUGACGAGGAAUUGGUGCACAAGACAAUCCUGGUCGGGGACAGUGGAGUGGGGAAAACGUCUCUGUUGGUGCAGUUCGAUCAGGGCAAGUUCAUUCCCGGCUCCUUCUCUGCCACAGUGGGCAUCGGAUUCACGAAUAAAGUGGUGACUGUGGACGAUGUAAAGGUCAAACUACAGAUUUGGGAUACAGCAGGACAGGAGAGGUUCAGAAGUGUGACACAUGCAUAUUACAGAGAUGCACACGCCUUGCUCCUCCUGUAUGACAUCACCAGCAAAUCAUCCUUUGACAACAUUAGGGCAUGGUUAACUGAGAUCCAUGAGUAUGCACAGAACGAUGUAGUCAUCAUGUUGCUGGGCAACAAGACUGACGUGAGCAGUGAUAGAGCAAUCAGGAGAGAUGAAGGAGAGAGGCUGGCCAGAGAGUAUUCAGUUCCCUUUAUGGAGACGAGUGCCAAGACUGGAGUCAACGUAGAGCUGGCCUUCACUGCUGUGGCCAAGGAGCUGAAACACCGAGCUGUCCAGCACCCCAACGAACCCAAGUUCCAGAUCCACGAAUACAUUGAAUCGCAGAAGGAGAAGUCAGGCUGCUGCAGCUACUUCUAAAUCUCACCUCCUGAGUCCUCCCACCACCACCACCACCACCACUCUGGGUGAAUAGACUGUCAGAGACACGCAGAGAGUUACUGAGUGGGAGGAAGUCCUAAUAACUCACUGCUGCUCCCAAAAUAUGAUGCUGCCAUUCAUUCAAGACUAAAAGCCAAAAGUAGAUCAGUGGAAUCAGAGAAGGAUAAACCAAGUUUCAAACUCACAAAACUGAGUUUUGAGCUGAGAGCAGCUUCCUUAACUCUUUAAUGUGAGAUUUAUCAUUAUGAGCUAUUUGUAGUAGACAUUUUAGGGGAAAAAUAUAAAAAUAAUUAUUCAAAUCAUAUGAGAAUAUAGCCUUACAGUGUCAUAUUUGCUUUCUUUAUGAGAGUGAGAGGCAAAGAUCAAUACCACAUGGGUGUGUGUGUUACAGAGUACAGAGCUGGAGCCAAGAUGUGGGUAGAUCAGCUUAGCAUACACACUGAAGGUAGGAGGACACAUCUAGUCCAGAUAACCCAUCACAGUGUCAGUGGUUGGAUUCCCAGCUGGGUGGGGGGGGCUUAGUUGCAUGUAGUGUCUCGCUCUGCUCUUGUUUCCUCGUGUCUUCCUCAAGACUGUCAACUGUCAAAUCAAGUCAAGAUCCCCACCAGAAAAAAAAACACUUAUACAAAUAGAUCUGUUCUGAAGUGACACUAACAAGCUACUUGAGAGAAUUUGUGGCAUUCUCAUAAUGUAGAUUGCUAAUAUCAGGGCAGAAUGCUAACAUUUGCUAAAACACAAAGUACAGCUGAGGCUGUUAAAUAAACACCAGUUAAUACAGUUCAUCCCAGUGGGACAUGAAUUUUUGAAAAUAGUUGUUCAGACAUUUCACUAGAAAAUGAAUGUCUGUAUAAAAUUUCAUGUUCACCUAUCCAGUGGUUGUUGAGAUGUUUCAGCCUCAGCCAAAGUGGCGCCGACUGACUGACAGACCAACAUUGACAUCACACUAGCAUUGCUAAAAUACACCUAGCAGUCCCUAGUCGGCAGUAGUGGUCACUCAUUGUAUCUUGAAAUGUAAAACAGCAAUGUGGGAUUUUUUUUUUUUUUAGCUGCAACUGUUUCUUGCUGUGUAGGCCUACAGCUGAUGUUUACUCAGAAAUAGUUUUCACUUGGUUCCAGCUGUUUUGCUAAGCUAUUCUAACUGCCUCCUGGCUCUAGCUUUUAAGUUAGCUUACAGAUAUAAGGGUUGUAUUAACUGUCUCAUCUAACGCUCAGCAAGAAAGCAAAUGACAAUUUUCCAACAUGUCUUUAAGGAAAUAUAUAUUUAAUUCUUUCCUGAAGGGGAUUUUUGUUUAUAUUUUUGAUAUCAUUGACACCUAACAUUUAAUUUAGCAUACCAUCAUUCCUGAUGUAGGAACAACGUAGUUCUAUAAAUGCAUAAUUUAGCCAAAGUGGAAAAUAUUGUUGAGAACACACAACACAGUCUCUGCUGACUUAUACAAGUUUGGAUCCCCUUCGAAACAUCAACAUUGCUGCAACUUUGUCUAUCAUGCAAUCUACCAACAAGAUCCAGACAAAGGCCAUACACUGUGUCAUGGAUGCAAUUCAAAGCCAAGUACAUGGACAAAAGCCCUGUCUGUCUGCGACCGCGUCAGACCGGUUCAUUCUUGACAAACUGAUGUCGAUAAGUGACAGUUGGCUGCUGCUGAAUUCUCACUGAGUCAGAGAAAAGCCGAUGGACUCAGCUGGAGAAAAAAACUAAUGUGCUCUGGUGAAUUUAAAUCUAUUUCUGAACAUGCAGAGGAACAUUUCAGUGAUUUAAAAAAAAAAUUUAGUCAUCCGAAAUGUGUUUCUAGCUGCAGAUUGCUGCAUAAUAUGAAUAUGAGCUACUUGACAAAUACCUGUGGUUGGAUUUCCAAUUUCGUCCUUCAUUUAGGAGACACCUGUGUAUUUGUGAGUGAGUGAACAGAUUUUUGACAUUAUUUAUUGACGUGUUGGCUCCUAAAAAAAAUAUAUAUAUAUAUAUAUAUAUAUAUUUUGCUUUAAUGGCCUGAUUAUGAACUUCAGUUUAAAGCUCAGUUGCAUGCUUGCUGGAAUGCAUGUACCAAAUCUGUGUGCAGUGCCUCCAACAUAUGAAACUCUAUUUAUAUUUGCAUCAAGAACAUAGAAAUAUGAACUACUAAUUAGCAUAUCUAAUCAAAUUUUAACUCACUUCUCAGGGUUAAGUAUUGUUUUGACAUACAAGACCUAGUAUUAAAUAAGUCCAGAUUAACAUAUUAAAGCUGCAGUAAUUGAUUCAAAUUGCCUCAAAAAUAUAUAUAUAUUUUAGUGAACGUGUUGGCAACUGCCUACUUACACAUCCAGCAGACACAGAGACACACAAGCAUUUAUUUAGAGUUGAGUUUCUGGCUGCCAAAUAAAUGUAAUGUUAAUAUUCACUCCCCCUUUACCUGUGUUUCAGUCUCCACCCGCUCCUGUGAUACACAUCUGGUUCUUUAGCUGAUAAAUGCUAUGCUUCGUUCAGCAGCUAGUUACUGACUUUGUCUGUGCGCUGAUUGUUGUUGUCGGGCGGGUACUGUAUAAGGGUUUUUGCAAUACAACUACUUAAAAGAGGCAACACCUAUCAACCUUUUACACACUCAUUUGAUCCACUGAUAAUAUUAUUGAUUAAUGCAGCUUUAAAGCUCUACUGAUGUCACAACAAAGGCUUUAUGUUCAGGUUUUAACUGUCACACAGGUGAGUUUAUGAACUUCUGUUUGACAACAGUAUGCAAUGCUCCUCUGCAAAUAUUUCAUAUCGAUCAGUUAUCGUAUGCUCUGAGUCAGCUUGGACAGCUCAGGUCUAUUACAGUUUAUAAAUCUAUAUAAUUGUUCAGACUGUGGCCAUUAGACUUUAUAUACACUGAAGAGUUGUUAGUUGUCAGACUGUGCUGCCAAAAGUUGUUUUUGAUGUGUUGUAUGCUCCAUAAAAAAAAUAAACU